AUGGCGACCCCGGCUGAAUAUGCCGAAGGCAUGGAAUCAGCUGAGAAUCGACAUGUUGCUGAGCUCAGGUCUGCUAUGGUUCAGGCCCAAAAUCAUGCAGCCCGCUUUGCAAGAGUGCAUUUUCGUUGGACGGUGGCUCUCAAAUUCAUCGGACCGCUCGCGCUUGCCCUGCUGUUGGCAGUGGAGUGGCUGUCUGAAGUCCGCUCAGAAGCAUCGCAGAUGGUUACAGACAUAUCCGCCUUGAGCAAGGACGUCUUGUUGUAUGACCUCGUCCUAACGUCCUCGGCCCGCAUGCUGGCACUGUCAGGUGACUUGCGGUGGCGGGAUGAGUAUUUCCUCAACGUCAUGCCUCUUGAGGCGGUCUUGCGUGACAUCGAGCAGAAAGUGCCGGACAUUGCUGCGGAGUUCAACAAGAGGACUGUCAUCGCAAACGACAAGCUCCUGGCCCUGGAGGAUGAGGCGCUGGCACUGUCCCUAACCAACACGACUUUGGCCACAGCGGUUCUCUUUAGCAGCGAGUAUGAGACCAACAAGGCGCUCCUGCUUGAAGGUCUGGCAGUCUUGGAAAGCAUGAUUGGCGACGUUCGGAGGGAGCACGAGCAAACCCAGACCUGGUGGACCAUUCUCAGUCCCUCCUUGGUGUUACUCGCUUUUGUCAGCAAGUGUGUCCUGCUCGUUCCGGUGAAAAUGCUCAACAGACGCCUGAAGAGGCUCUCCAGGCAAGCAGACAAUGCCCAGUUGAUGUACACCUUCGAGGUCCGAAGGUGCAUGUUGACCAGAGCUGGCAGUGUAGUGGAGGCCAUCGAUGGUAGCUCAAUGUGGACAAAGGGAUUCCAACCAGUGACAUCAGACCAUGCUCCUCACAUGCUGCUGCGUCGGAGGCUUGGUGCCCUCGCGAUGUGCGUGGAGUUGGUUGCGCUCGGAGGUUUCGCGAUUCCUGCCACUCUGACUUUUGUGGCCCUCUACAAGGCGGAGGCGGCAGUCCCGGUGCAGCAGUUGACAGUGCAUUCCAAGGACAUCGUGUUCUACGAUGUCGCAUUGACCUCGAGCGCGAGGCUCUGCGCGCUCUCGCGUGAUGCACGCUGGGCCGAGGCAUACCACAACUUUACGGCUCCAUGGACAGCAGCUUCGGCAAGCUUGGAUCACUGGGACAGUGACUUGGCAGCUGAGUUUGCCACAGCGACGUCCGCUGCAACGGCUGCGCUGAGCAGCAUGGAGUUGCUGGCGCUGAACGCGUGCGCGUCGGAGUCGUCACGCUCAGCGCGAGAGGGUGACGUCUUGUUCGGUGCAGACUACGAAGGUAACAAGUCGGUGCGACUGGAUGGGAUCCACAGCCUAAAAACAGCGGUGAGCCAGAGGCAGCAGGUCUUUCAGAGCGACGACCACAGCUUCAACACUGCCAGCCGUGUUCUUGUGAUCAUCAGCACCUUCCUAAUCGUUGUUGCAGACUUUUUUGCCGUGGCCAUCGCGAUGUGGGUAGAGAGCCUAACUGUUUCCAGGGCUGAGGACAGCCAGGAGUCUUCUGAGCAGGACUUCUUGCUGCGAGCCCUGGGCUUGGCGCAGGUGCGGAUGGCAGCGAAGGAUGCGGGUCGUCAAGCCGAGCACAUUUGUACAGAAGAGUUCCUUAAUUAG